CCUCUCUUUACCUCGGACCUGUGAGACCCCGGCUCACAUCACUGGAAACUCAUUCGCUAGCCGACCAUGGCGGAACGCAUCCUUAUGAACGAGUUUCGCUCCCUCUCCAAAGAGAGAUGGGUCAACGUCGAUCUUCACAACGACGACGUCUUCAAAUGGGAUGUCGCGCUCAUCGUCCUCAACGAGGACUCCUUAUACUACGGCGGCUACUUCAAAGCGACCAUGGCCUUUCCUUCCAACUACCCCUACGCCCCUCCCGAGUUCCGCUUCCUUACGCCCUUACACCACCCCAACAUCUACAAGGACGGCAGGUUAUGCAUUUCCAUCCUCCACCCGCCAGGCGAGGAUGAAAUGUCUGGUGAACUUGCCGCUGAGCGCUGGUCACCUGCCCAGCGAGUCGAGUCCGUCCUCAUUUCUAUCCUCUCCCUCCUCGAUGAUGCCGAGAUCUCUUCGCCUGCCAACGUCGACGCGGCUGUCAUGCUUCGCGACCAACCUGAGAAGUUCCGUUCCCUGGUCAAGUCCGACGUGGAGACAUCCAAGGCACAUCGACCGGCUUCCUUUGAUAUGCCAAUCCAGGAGGCUUCCACUCACGAAGUCGUGGAGAAGGAAGAUGAAGACUUUUGGGCCGAGUCCGGCGAUGACAGCGACCCGUUCGGGGGCAGCGACUCCGACUCCGACUUGAACCACUUGACUGGGAGCGACGACGACGAUGACGACGACAUGGACGCUGAGAGUGAUUGA